AUGGCCAUGCUGAGACGCUGCAUCAGUGAAAUGUCUGCUGUUGACUAUGAGGAGUCGGAGCACUUACAGCUGCAAGCCAUGUGGGUAGUCAGCAUAGCAGACGUCUUGCAGAUAUCUGGGCCACCCACAGUGCACGAAGAACUCCGAGCUGCGGGAAAGCUUGUCAAGCACCGUCCGGGCAUGUACUGUGUCUUUGUGUCUCACCAGUGGCUCGGACGGCACCAUCCAGAUGCAGAGGGCAAGCAGUUCCAGGUGCUGCAGCAGACAUUGCGAGGCUUCAUCGAGGGCACAUUGCCGGGUCAGCCAGACAUGGUAACGCAAGCCCUUUUGGGAGAUCGUGGCUUCUCUCGCCAGGAGCGGACUGCGCUAGCCAAGGGGUAUCUGUGGCUAGAUUGGUUCAGCAUCCCGCAGCAGCGCGGGAGAACCAAAGAUCGACGCUCCUCGGUGAUUUCCAUCCCAUCCUACGUCGACUCCUGCAACAUCUUCCUUGCUUUGGUCCCUCCACUGAGGCAUUCGGACUCAGGAAAGCUUUGCGAUUACGAGUCGUGGCUGGAGCGGGGUUGGUGCAGGGCCGAGCUUUGGUGCGCCCAGCUGUCCAACAAAGCAGACUUGCCCAUGGUGGUGGUGCACGCAGGGGAUGACGCAGAGGUCGCAAUGGCCAACCAUUGGAUCUAUGCACCUGUGCAGGAAGGAGUCUUCACUGUGGAUGCCGACCGCCACGGUGUCAACGAGUUCAUUCAGACAGCCCUGCAUGCACGCAUUGCAUACCUCACAAAGCACAAGCAGCAGCUGGAGUUGUGCCGGUAUCUCAAAGCCAGGUUGCACGAUUGGGUCGGACAACCCGACGUGCAACGCCCGCCCGCUGCAUUUCUGUCCUACUUUGGUUUUAAAGAUAUGGCCCAAGCCAUCAGGACAUCGACCAUGGGUGGUAUGGCCUGCGCUGCUGUAUCGGGCGACGUGUCAAUGGUGCGAGCACUUGCAGAUGCUAAGGCCUCUGUCAGCACUUGCGGCCAAGUUUGCCGCUCUAUGUUAUCUGUCGGCGUGCUGGGCUACCCACCCAUGCAUCUUGCCUUGCAACGUGGUGCCCGGGGUCAUGCUGUGGUGCUGGAGUUGUUGCGCCAGAGAGCAAGCCCCAACUCAACGAGUGGAGAGGGUAACGCGUGCCUUGGGACUUGCCGUGAUGUCGCUUCCGUUGAGAUGCUGGUGCGCCAUGGUGCGGAUGUGAACUUGCGAGUUGGAAGAGUGUGGAACACCCCUAUAGCCUAUGCUUGCGGCAAGUUGGCACCUUUGGAAGUUACCAAGAAGCUGGUCGAACUGAAGGCGGAUGUCAACUUGUCCGUGACGCCCCUUUCGACCUUGGCCAUGUUUAGCCGAUGUGUGCCCAACCUGGCCAGGAGCACUGCAGACGUCUUGCUCCAGGCACGUGCAGACGUCAACCAGCCCGAGCAUCUCAUGGGGUUUUACAGGGCCUUGGAGAUUGCGGGCAGAGUGCGGUUAUGUUUCAGAAGCCGAAGCAACUUAAGCUAUGUUUUCGGGGAGGGCAGCACGACACCCCUCGGCUGGGCAGCUACUUCAGACAACGCCGCACUAGCGGAGCUCCUCUUGUCUGCCAAGGCUGAUCCAGAUAUUCCCAACCGUCGAGGCCACACUCCCAGACAACUGGCAGCACGCUUUCGCCGCGUUCACAGCCUCUUCGCAUCCGCCGGACCCGGUGCAUCGGUGCAGGGCGUCCCUGCAAAGGGUGCCAUGAAGCUUCCCCAGUGUCCGCAGCUCGAAGAUGACGAAGCCGAUGACGUUAUUUCUUUAUGA